AAUGUACAGGUACGUCCACAUGAUUCUUUGCUACUUCCACGAAUAAAUAAUUCAAUAAAAAUGCACUCUCUAAGAGUGUAAUGUCGCGUUUGUUUCCCGGAUUUACACAAUGAACACGAAACAUACAAAAAAUUUGCAUGAAAGUCUAGAGCUUUUUACAAUAAAGAGAAUCCUUUUUUAAUUAAUACAUUAUGGUUAACGAAUAGAACUAGUAAAUUUUUUGUGUAAGAGUAACCACAAUCUGGAUUCGAACACGUCAUCUCUUCAAGUACUCCAGGCAGCUUUCGAGUAACUUAUUAUGCCACCUGUAGCAGCUGUGCCGGUUGAUUUAGCUGUGAAAGUAUUAAAAAAAUACAUUGCUCAUUUCGCCAAUGAUGAAUUUCCACAAUGGAAGUCAGAAGUCUGGAAAAAAAUUGCAAACGAUCCUGAGCUGGAGGGUAAAUGGUCUAUUGGUAGCGUAAGAACGAAUGUUAGAGAAGAUAGAAGAGGCAUUUUGAGUGAAGCCAGAAGACAGUGUGGUAUCACUGUAAAUAUCAUAUCUAAUAAAAAAUCAAACGUAAAUGAAAAUUGUGACAUCUCCAAAGAGUCACAUGAAGAUUGUGAUGAGGAUAAUUUGAAUGAAGAAUCAGAUUCUGAGAACGAUGAUAUUCAUAAGCAUGAACGUUUUACUGUAGAAAUUUCCCGGGAUCUGUGGAAUGAAAUACACAGCCUUCAGCCUCUGGUUUACAAAGGUCGAAAAUAUGUUGGGUUUAAACCCAAGGUGUGGACCAAUGCAGUAUCUAAUGCUUUUUGGAAGCAGCACCAUUUAAAGUGUGCUUUCGUGUUUAAAAGAGGCAGAAUUACACAACAUGGAAGAAGUUAUGCGACUAUAAUCGGACGCUGUCGAGCUAAAGAUUGUCACAAUCCAGUGAAAGGAAUAAUUAAAGACUGUCCAGGAGAGGUCGGGCCCGUAUAUAUUGAAAUGUUUUGUCGUGAUACUCGUUUCGUAAAACACGAAGAUGUCAAAAGACCCCUUAACGGAACAGAACGUCUGAAAGUGCAAGCAGAACUUUUGAAAACUCAUGCUUCUGCUUGGAGGAAGGAGAAAGCCAAAGAUAAUAUAGAUCCGGGAGAUACUGGUUCGCCGUUUGUAUAUAAUCUGAAUACUCUGCAUCAAGCAAAGAAAGAAACUAACAUCAAGAAACUUGGUAUUAAAACUGAUGACAUGCGAGACAUGAUUUUAGCGAUUAGAAACAUGUAUGUUGAUCCGUCUUAUGUUAAUUCUAUUUUGGCGAUUGGUGAUACACCAUUUUAUGUAUUUUAUGCAACUCCAACUGCAAUAUAUUUCUUGAACUUAUAAAUAAUUAUCAUUUCAACAAAAACAGAUUUUGUGUGCAUUACAUUUACAUUUUUUGAACUACGUAAUGAAUUUAGGAAUUUUUAAUUUUAUUAUAAAAUACAAGUAUCAUAACUAUCUCCUAUUGCAUGGUAAUGAAUAGUAUCAUUUUAAUACGAAAGUUGUUCUCCUAAAAUAUUCUUAGAAUAAUUAGAAAUCACUGAAAUUUCUAUAUGCUUGUUAAUAUUCAAUGUUAUUAAAAAAACUGAAUUUAUCAAAACCGCGCUAAUUGUACUUUAACGACUAAUUGGCCGUCUUCACUGACAUUUUUUUGUUGAAGUAUUGUUGUAGUUUGUUGAAGUUUUCAAUAUUUUUUUGAUCUACAUAAGAAAUAAUUAGACAGUAUAAACGCACUUGUUGAAAAAACGUUAGUAAAUACGGCCAUUGCCAGCUGACUGACAAAACCGGCGCAUGCGCAAUGUAGGCGUGAGUUGAUGGUUUGCUUAUUAGAAUCAGUUAAAAAAUAAUUAAUAAUUGGGAAUUUAAUUGUUUUUAUGAUCGAAAAAUCACCGAUAGUCGUCGAACAAACGAUAAUUGAUCAAAAUUAAUUAAUCAGCGAUAAAAAUAAAGAUAUCUAGUAAGGGGGGGGGGGGGGGGGGGAGGGCAACAUAAGGGUGAUCAUUUGUUUAAUUAGUUAUAAAUAAAUAAAAGACGAACAAACAUUUUUUACAUUCGAACAUUAACGAACAAAUAAUUUAAAAUAAAAAAAAUCCGAAAAUCAAAAAAGUGGGACCAACUUCAGUGAGGGAAUAAUCUGUCAGAAAUUAUUGAUUUUCGCAAAGGGUAAAGAGCAUAAUCUGUAGUAAAGAGUAGAGCAGAAUAUUGCGUUUGUACUUAAGUACCAAACCACUUAAUUUCAGGUGGGCUUGAGUUCGUCCACCCAUUUCCCCCCCGACAAAUCCCUCCUGAGUAGUGAUCUCGAGACACUGCCCGGUAUGGGUGACGCAGUCAUUCUGGCAGGCGAUCUAAAUUGCCACCACACUAGCCAGUGGAACUGCCAUUGGACGAAUGUGAACGGUAGGCGUCUCGACGCGUUCAUAGACGACCUCACAUUCGAAAUAGUCAGCCCCCCGACCCCAACGUGCUAUCCGUUCAGCACCACGCGUCGUCCGAGCACAAUAGAUCUGACGCUGCUUAGGAACGUAACUCUGCGCUUGCGUUCCAUCGAAGCACUGUCAGAGCUCGACUCAGACCACCGACCUGUCGUCAUGCAGCUCGGUCGCCUGCUCAACCAUGACCCAGUCACGUUGACCAUGGUGGAUUGGAAGAAGCUGGGCACGUGCUUAGCUGAUGCCGCUCCACCAAUCCCCUGCGGCCCGGAUUCAACUCCAUCCCCCGAGGACACAGUCGAAUCCAUAAACAUAUUUACCGAGCACAUCUCUUCCGUGAUCAUAAAGUCUUCCAAACAAGUCGAUGUGGAGGAUUGCUUCCACCGCAUCCGACUUUCCCCCGAGCUUAGGGAUCAGUCGACGUCGCCCCAAACACGUCAUUUCGGAUCCUCCCAACCCACUAACGAUGCUUUUAGGUACCUCAAGCACCGGUCAUCGUUCUCGUCGAACCCGUCGCCUGCGACGAAGGGCUCGACGAGUAAAUUAACCCUCAGACACAGCCCAUUGAGUUUCUCGCCGGAUCUUCUCAGUGGGUCGCGUUUCCGAUCCAGUGGUAGAUUCUGCGAAGCACGGCUCUUGCUAGGGUCCGUGUUAGCAACGUCAUCGGGUUUGAGACCCGUAAGCUCACCUACUGUUAAGGCUACGCUGAUAUAGCCUCUCAAGGCUAUCAGCUUAAGUAGAAAAAAAAUACCACCUAUUCAAGCAAUAAAAAAUAAAAAACCUAUGCACUGUCUCUAUUUAUUUGGCUCACUCAAUUUGGACCCCUUUUUUUGAUUUUCGGUUUUUUUUUUUUUUAAUAAUGUGUUCGUAGUUUGUUCGCUAAUGUUUGAAUGUAAAAAUUGUUCGUCGUUUAUUUAUUUUUAAUUAAUUAAACAAAUUAUCACCCUUAAGUUGCCCCCCCCCCCCCCUACUGGAUAUCUUUAUUUUUAUCGCUGAUUAAUUAAUUUUAAUCAAUUAUCGUUUAUUCGACGACUAUCGGUGAUUCUUCGAUCAUAAAAACAAUUAAAUUCCCAAUUAUUAAUUAUUUUUAACUGAUUCUAAUAAGCAAACCAUCACCUCACGCCUACAUUGCGCAUGCGCCGGUUUUGUCAGUCAGCUGGCAAUGGCCGUAUUUACUAACGUUUUUUCAACAAGUGCGUUUAUACUGUCUAAUUAUUUCUUAUGUAGAUCAAUAAAAUAUUGAAAACUCCAACAAGCUACAACAAUACUUCAACAAAAAAAUGUCAGUGAAGACGGCCAAUUAGUCGUUAAAGUACGAUUAGAGUGGUUUUAAUAAAUUAAGUUAUUUUUAAUGAUAUUGAAUAUUAACAAGCAUAUAGAAAUUUCAGUGAUUUCUAAUUAUUCUAAGAAUAUUUUAGGAGUACAGCUUUCGUGUUAAAAUAAUACUAUUCAUUACCAUGCAAUGAUACUUGUAUUUUAUAAUAAAAUUAAUAAUUCUUAAAUUCAUUACGUAGUUCAAAAAAUGAAAAUGUAAUGCACACAAAAUCUGUUUUUGUUGAAAUGAUAAUUAUUUAUAAGUCCAAGAAAUAUAUUGCAGGGACAUUUAGUAGAAAUUCAUUUAAUAUGGAAGAAUAAACUUAGUAUAUAUAUACUCUA